UAUGGCCUCAAAUACAGAAACAACCAGAAUCUACUUAUGCAUUCUGUACAUUUAAACCCUUUUGAGCGAUCACACAAGCAGUUUGAUGUUACUGUUGCAUUUUCACUCUCUCAAAUUCAUGUAAUUAAAUGCCUGUCACUUUCUUAAAUCAAAAUAGCGACCAGACCCCGUUUGAAUUCAGCGGCCCACAUGUCUUAACCCCAGGGGUACAGUUUAUUAAUCUAAAGUGGGAAUUUCUGGUCAGCUCAUCAGCAUUAAAAGUGCCCCCAAACUAUCUUUUGAAGAAGGAGAUUGUUUUCGAGCAGGGAAAGCCUGGAGGGUGACCUUUGUCCAGGAACUUGCCUUUCAGUGUAUCAAAAAUUAUUGACUCCUACGCUUGUAAUAGGUUCAAUGAUCUAAACAGCAAAUAGCAAAUUUAGUAGUAUAAUAGUAUAAUACCUGUUUCAGACAGGCGUUCUAGAGUCGCGCCGAAAAUAAAAUUAAGAGCGGCUCCAGUCGACUCAAUUAAAUUUGGUUUCAGACAGACGAACUUCAUACAUAUAUGUACCUUUGCAUUUGAUUAGCUCAACAAAGGAACGACGACUGAAACUGAGCCGCUCUAGCUCAGGAGACGUGUCGAGCGCCUCCAAGUGUCGACCUUUCGCUUGCUAGCACGAGUGCAGAUGGUCGCUCGUAAUUGUUUCAGACGGCGAAAGGUUGCCGUUCUUAAGUCAAAAUUUGCUUUUAAUUCAAUUCGGCUCGACUUUAAAACGCCUGCGUGAAACGGAGUACAAUCAGAGGUGAUAAGAACGCAAACAGCGGAAUGGCUUUCAGGAGAUCCGGCUCAUCAUCGUCUGAGUCUUCAACAGAGGCCCUUUCAACUCUGCAUGCAAAUACAAGUGGAGAGGUUUUGGAUACAGCCCCACGUUCCUACAGCCUGGAGACUGUAAGGUCAAAGCAGGCAGAAAAGUUUCUCAACAAGGCUUUCCAGUGCUGGGAAGAAGGUCUUUACACAGAUGUGGUGGUCAUUGUGGAGGGUCAGAGAUUUCCAACCCAUCGUAUGGUACUUGCCUCACUCUCAGACUUCUUCCCUCCAUUGCUACAGAUGGACGAGAAAAACAGUGGGGAGGUCACACUGAAGGAAUUCAAACCAGAGGAGUUCUCUGUUCUACUGAAGUUUGCCUAUACAGGACGGAUUGACGUCACCGAAGAGACUGCACAGGGUGUGCUGUUGGCAGCAGACUACCUCAGCAUUGCACCCAUCAGAGACUUUUGCGAAAACUUCAUGGCUGAUCACCUUGACGUGGGAAAUGUCUGCCAGGCCCUGACCUUUUCUCGAGACUGCUCCUUCGCAUACCUCAGGGCUCAAGCUGAAGAGUUUUUCAAGGGAAAUCUAGAUGGGAUUUCACAAACCUCCACAUUUCUGGAACUGGAUCCGGGCACUCUGGUGCAGAUUUUUGAUGAUGACCAACUCGUGCUUCGUGAACAGAUCAUUUUGAAAACUGAGGAGAGAGAGAAACUCGUCCUGAUCGCAGUCCUGCGAUAUCUCUGCCAGACCCCUCUACUGGAGGAUGAGGUUUUUGAAAGGCUUCUCCGAACUGUUCGACUGACUGUCCUUCCCGAGGAGGUGAUAAAGGAAGUCUUAAAGAAAUUUCAAUCCCUCCAGAAAAGUCCAAUUAUACAGCGUUAUUUGAAACUGUAUGAGAAGUAUGUAAAUGUGUAUGAACAAAAGCAAGACAGCUCUCUCAGGUCCAAUGUAGGGGCCUUAGCCGGUGAUCUUCCAUCGUCUUGGUUCAGGAGCAGAAAACUGGCAAAAUGCACUGUGACAGACGGAGAGAGGUAUGCUGCUGGUGGACAAGUGGCAUAUUUCCGACAGCCACCGUCCAGGGUUUACGAUGACGUCAACUUAGAGAUCUGCAAAAUUGACAUCUGGAUUCGACUCUGGGAUGGGCGCCAAGUCAUCGGAGGGCUGCAGCUGACCUACCAUAAUCCGGCCGUUGACGGCUCCCAGGUGCAAUGCAUGCACGGUGGCAGCGAGAGAUUUGUGGCUCACCAUCAAGUGGUUCUCUCACCUAGGGAGGUCAUUAUGAAGGUCACACUCGGCAGUGGCUUUCUUGUUGACCGACUGGGAUUUGAGACCAACUUUGGACGCAAACUUGGCCCAUUCGGGGGACCAGGUGGUGAUGCACACAUGGAAACAGCCCCACCCGGUACUCUGUCAUAUCUCUUGGACAUCAACUGUGACAGUGCGUCCACCCAGGGAUCACUUGCCAUCUUGAAUUUGAUGCUGCGCUGGAUUUCAUUUGAUUAACAAAUUCAGUUUUUCUGGUUCCUUGCCCUAGCACUGAUUUCUUUUGUUUUAGCUUUAUAAGAGUUUGAGACAAGUUUGCUCAAAUGCCUAUUCAACAGCAAGCAAAUUAGCUGCAUGUGUAAUAGUUGGCAAAUUUGUAUUGUGACAAAAUGAAAUAAAUUUGGAUUGAAAUUAAGAAAUUUAAAUGAAGUAAUUUGAUUAAAUUUACGAACCAUCACCAUCGACGGUGCUUAGUAUGAUCUGAAAAUAAUAUCAAAUUUAAUGCUUGCACAGUUGCUUGUAUUAGGCUGCGUGCCCUUAGUGUUCAUGUGCAGUCAUUGCCCUUAUCGAAUGCUUUCUUCGUCAGUUAUUUCUGGAAUGAAUAGCCAAGUUGCUGAAGAUACUGUGUUUUAUUUAAAUUAUUUUUAUUACGACAUUUAUACAAAAAGUAUUUCAUGAGAUCUCAUGAGUACUCUUUGUGAUGAAAUAGUGCAUUUUGUUUGUUAUGGACUUAACUGUCCAGUGGUGGUCAACAUGUUGGCUAGUUGUAGCCAAAUUCUUACAGACUUUGAAAACUUAUGUUUUGUAGAGACAAAAGAAACUUACAAACAUUACAUGGAUAAUGGAACAUCAAACUUAAAAGUUUAUUCACGAUUGCAAAAGUAGAUAUCUAAUGUUAGAGAUUUUUCGCUCUUUAUUUCCUGCUCACAGCGAUAAGUUGUAGUUAAUCGCAAACAAAACAUACAAAAAUAUUGCUAGGAUAUUACUGGUCCCACUUGUACGGCUAAGCUGCAGGCAGUAAUCAGGCAUUUUUGGAAUGUUUACUAAUGUGUGUCUGACCAGGUGGCAAUGCUCAUCGAGCACUUUGAAGUGCCAGAGUUCAAACUCCUUCUGUGACCUUCCUCUAUGGUUAAACUCUGAAGUAGGCUAUUUAAAUAAAGAAAAAUUAAAUCAUGAUUAUAAAUAAUUUGUACCAAAUUCACUUACUGAAUCCAAAAAGCUGAUUUAAAUCGAAACAAGUGGAUUGAAUUGAACAAAAAAAUCUUGCCAACUCAGAUGUUUUUUAACACGUGCAUUCAUACUUUCAAUAUUAGGAACUUUAAGGCUCACAGAGGGGAGAUUUGCUGUUUAAAAUGUGCAAAACCUGCAAACAUUUCCAAUCUUAAAAAAAAGUUCAAUAAUUGAAACAUUUUUGCC